AAGGCAAAUUUGUUGAGAAAAAAACCACCGGACCUUGCAAAUGUAAAAAGAAAUGAUUUAACUCUAUCUCACCUGAAAACAAAACAAAAAUUCUGACUAGAUUAUAUUCCAUGACCUCAAAAAAUCAGCAAGAUUUGUUUUUACAAAGUUUAAUUGAAGUUCUCAAAGUCCAAAGACAUCGUCCAAGAAAAAUCACAAAUCCAAGAGUAAAUGAAUUUAGUUUUAAAUACUUUGUUUACGUCGGUGAAUUUAAAAAAAUGGUAUGUUUAAACGCAUUUUUAUCAUUACAUUCUGUGUCUAUGAAAAGAAUCAAAAGAUUACGAGAUUUAACAAUACAUGGUAAAAGUCCCAAAGAUCAAAGGGGUUUACAUAGUGCUAGUAAUGCUCUAUCAGGGGAAACUAAAGUUCUUAUGCAAAAUCAUAUAGAUUCGUUUCCUACUAAAAUUAGUCAUUAUUCUGGUAAAGAAGUAAAAUAUUUGAAUGAACAAUUAAGUAUUAAAACUAUGUAUAAUUUAUUUAAAGCUAAAUACCCUAACGUUAAAGUGAGAUAUGUUUCAUAUUUUAAGUUUUUUAAAGGCAAUUUUGAAUUGAGAUUUGGACGCCCGCAAGUUGAUGUAUGUUGUACUUGUGAAAAUUUAAAUUUAAAAAUAAAAAAUCCAUGUUUAAACGAUGCCGCCAAAAAAGUUGCAGUAGCUGAGUUAAUGGUCCAUAAGCGAAAAAGCAAAAAGUUUUAAAACGAACUUAAGGUUGAAGUAGAGGAAAAAAACAAAAUUCAAAGUAACACUGUUGCUUUAUGUUUUGAUUAUAUGCAAAAUUUAAGUCUUCCUAAAAUUCCUAUUUAGGAAAUGUUUUAUUGGAGACAAUUAUCAGUAUCAAUUUUUUGUGUUCAUGAUAUAAAAACAGGUAAAUCGACAAUUUUUCUGUAUCAUGAAGGACAAGCUAAAAAAGGACCAGAUGAAGUUUGUUCCUUUUUGGAUUACUACAUAAAAAAUUAUAUACCAACUUCUGUUAAUGAACUUCAUUUAUAUUCUUAUAAUUGCGGCGGUCAGAUCAAAAAUCACACUUUGUCUAGAAUGUUAUUGGCCUUAACCGAUAUUGGACGAUUUAAGAAAAUUAUUCAAAAUUUCCCUGUACGUGGUCAUUCUUUCCUGCCAUGCGAUAGAGAUUUUGUAUUGAUAAAGCGUUAUUUAAAAAAAAAAAAAAAAAAAUCGAAUUUA